AGGGUUAAAAGCAGCAAACCAUAUAUGGCGAAACCCAUAUCGUCAAACUUGUCACGGGUUCUACUUUCUGAUCUCUUAAAGUUGAAGUAGGCUGUGCUUUGUAAAACAGAGACACACACACUCUCAGAACCUGCAGUGGCUCCGGAUUCCAGCCUCCCAGGGCUCCGCACCAGACAGAGCGAGCAUGCGAGUCAUCCUUGCUAUGACAGCCUGGAUGCUUUCUGUGGUCUCCAGUUAUUCAUAUUCAGUAAAUAGCUUGCCGGAUAUCAACAAUGAAACGUUUAUCAAAGACUGUGUUCGCGUUCAUAACAAGCUCAGAUCAGAGGUGAAGCCGGCAGCCAGUGAUAUGCUGUACAUGACGUGGGACCCAGCACUAGCCCAAAUUGCAAGAGCAUGGGCAAGAAAAUGUCAGUUUUCACAUAAUACACAGCUGAAGCCACCCCACAGGCUGCACCAAAAUUUCACUUCACUGGGAGAAAACCUCUGGUCUGGGUCCCUGUCCAUCUUUUCUGUGUCUUCAGCCAUCACAAACUGGUACAGUGAAGUUCAGGACUAUGACUUCAAGACUCGGAAAUGCAAUAAGGUCUGCGGCCAUUACACUCAGGUUGUUUGGGCGGAUAGUUACAAAGUUGGCUGUGCAGUACAAUUUUGUCCUACAGUUAAAGGCUUAACUUUUCCCAAUGCUGCACAUUUUAUAUGCAACUAUGGACCAGCAGGAAAUUACCCUACCUGGCCAUAUAAAAAAGGACCCACUUGCAGUGCUUGCCCCCAAAAUGACAAUUGUUUGGACAAUCUGUGUGCUAACCCACAGCGAGACAAACUCACACGUUACUACUCUAUUGUGUAUCCAGACUGGCCGAUAUAUUCACGGAAUAAACGCCUAUCUCUUUUUUUAGCUGUUAGUCCACCAAUACUAAUCCUGAGUGCUACUAUUACCAUCUUGGUCAAGUACAAAUUUCAUUUAAUUCUUUUGGACUAA